AAAGUGACGCACACUGCGUUGUCAAAAAUAUUCCGAGUCAUUGCAAUAUUUGUUGCCGUUGUUCGCUCGGAGCUUAGUUAAUUCGCAAAAAAUAUUGAAAAUGAUUGACGCUGAGAUGGUUAUUCCUGAUAAGGACGAGUCCGACACGCGAACAAUGAAGGACGUAGUGAACCCUUUGGAAGAGCCUCUGGAGGAGGAUCUGUACAUAAAGUAUAAGAAACUGCUAAAGAUGCUCGAGUUUUUGGAGGUACAGGAAGAGUACAUCAAGGAUGAGCAGCGCAAUCUGAAAAAGGAAUACCUGCACGCGCAGGAGGAAGUCAAACGCAUCCAGUCGGUACCGCUCGUCAUUGGCCAAUUCCUGGAAGCGGUUGAUCAAAACACUGGCAUCGUUGGAUCAACUACCGGCUCUAACUAUUACGUACGCAUUCUGUCCACCAUCGAUCGGGAGCUACUGAAACCAUCGGCCAGUGUCGCGCUGCAUAAACACAGUAAUGCGCUGGUGGAUGUGUUACCACCGGAAGCAGACAGCUCCAUCUCUAUGCUGCAUGCGGACGAGAAACCAGACGUGCAGUACUCCGAUAUCGGUGGUAUGGACAUGCAGAAGCAAGAAAUUCGCGAAGCGGUCGAACUGCCGCUAACACACUUCGAACUGUACAAGCAAAUCGGUAUUGAUCCUCCACGCGGUGUACUUAUGUACGGUCCGCCCGGCUGUGGCAAGACAAUGUUGGCGAAGGCUGUCGCGCAUCACACGACGGCUGCUUUCAUUCGUGUGGUUGGUUCCGAAUUCGUGCAAAAAUAUCUCGGCGAAGGUCCCCGUAUGGUGCGAGACGUGUUCCGUCUAGCGAAGGAAAAUUCACCCGCCAUCAUUUUCAUUGACGAAAUUGAUGCGAUCGCCACGAAACGAUUCGACGCACAGACGGGCGCUGAUCGUGAGGUACAGCGUAUCCUGUUGGAGCUGCUCAAUCAGAUGGACGGUUUUGAUCAAACCACCAACGUAAAGGUCAUCAUGGCGACCAACCGUGCCGAUACGCUCGAUCCUGCCCUGCUGCGUCCGGGACGUCUCGAUCGAAAGAUCGAAUUCCCCCUGCCAGAUCGACGACAGAAGCGACUGAUUUUCUCCACCAUCACCGCCAAGAUGAAUCUUUCCGAGGAUGUCGAUCUGGAAGACUUUGUCGCCCGGCCGGACAAAAUUUCCGGUGCCGAUAUUAACGCAAUCUGCCAGGAGGCGGGUAUGCACGCGGUGCGCGAAAAUCGAUACAUUGUGUUGGCCAAGGACUUUGAGAAGGGUUACAAAAACAACAUCAAGAAGGAUGAAACGGAACACGAAUUCUAUAAGUAAGGAGACUAAGUGUGGUC